CAGCGGCGUCUGUCAUUCAAAUGGGUUGAAUGUUUUCCCUCGAGAAUCUGGUGCUGUUUUGUUUUAGGAGUAGAAAUUAUCACACAAUGGAAUAUUUAUCAAACAAACUAUAUUUAGAAAUUUGGAAUACCUCAUGAGAAGCUUCGAUCUAACCGUGAAAUCAUGUCUGGUUGUGUUCAAAGUGAUAUUUCAUUAAUUUCAUCCGCCACCGAAACAGAGCGAUGAAAACUCAACUAAUAGCUACAAAAGAUAAAAUUUAUCAAAGUGUAACGUGUCGGCUUCACUCAUUCAAUGAAUAUCAGGAACUUCUGUCUGUUUUUCAUCGUGAUAACGUUUUACCUACAUGCUGAGCAACUACGGCCACGAACGUAUUUUGAAGUAUAUUGAGCAAUAGAAAUGCAUGAGCGAGAUUUUACCUUCUACUGCGAGCAGUUGGUCGUUGCUUCACGUAACUGUAAAAGCCAGUGGAAAUGGGAAUACGACCGCGAACGUUCUUAUAUACGUUUAGAGAAAAAGCAGCAUGUUGAAAGGACUUCUUUAAAUCCGGUACAACAUACGGAAGGUGAUAUGAUGAAUGAUUUUCCGGAAAGUGAGAUCGAAAAUGAUCCAGCCAGUGCUUCGGUUAAAGAUAUCGGUAGAAUUUUGUCUUUCGAGUAUCACAUUCUUUACAACGAAAGUUAUGAAGUUCCUUCCUUGCUUUUCAACAUAUACGACGAAGGUGGUGGAAGAUUCAACAUUGAGGAAGCAUGGAAUAUUCUACACAUUAGUGAAACAGUCCCUUCCAAUGAAAUGUACCAAGCUAUUACUAUGGUACAUCAUCCAAUAUUGUUUCGACCUUAUCUAAAUUUACAUCCCUGUAAAACAGCUGAACUGAUGAGUUCAUUGCCCAGCAGCGUUAAUCCGAUACUCUCUUUUCUUACAAGUUACGGGCCUUAUGUUAAUCUUGAGCUAGAUGAAUUAGCUUUCAACCUGCAAACCAGUCCACUUACGUAAAAUAAAAAAAAAACACUUAAACUUCGAAUAUAGAA